AUGCAAAAGCAUUUCCAUGGCGGGGUGGUGAUAGGCGUUGUGGAUCUUGGUACUUGCCUCGAGCACGCUAGCACUCAUUUGGCCCACCGCGGCCCUGUAGACGUCUCUUGUGUCGCUGACAGUCUUCCAAAGCUCGGUGUCAAUGUUGUCCUUCAAGCAAUCUUUGAACAUAUUACAAGCACCAUCAUACGUAUCCUGGUCAUGACCGAGGACGUCAUUCAGCUGAACGUCGGUCUGAGCUUCGAAACUCAGUGA